AUGGCACAACGUGGAGCUCAUCAUCAGGGAAACCACCACCAGGGAAAUCAUCACCAGGGCAAUAAUCACCAGGGAAAUCACCAUCAGGGAAAUCACCACCAAGGAGAUCAAGGACAUCAGGGCAAUCAUCAUCAGGGAGAUCACGGACACCAGGGAAACCAUCAUCAAGGGAAUCACCAUCAGGGAGGUCACGGACAACACGGAGAGCACGGACAUGAUGGAGACCACGAACACCCUUGCGGCGAAACAAGUGGAAUACCAGGCGAGCCACGCUCGACCAAGAGCCGAGUCCUCGAGGCCGGCGCCUCAAUGGUCCAGGACUUCACGCCCGUCAAACAGAUCUGCGCCCAUCUCAAUGCAUUCCACGUCUACGCCAACGACCCAACCCGAUGCGUCGAGGCGAAUCACUACUGCACUCAUCUCACAGAGGACAUGCGCCAAUGCCUAAUCUACGACUCACCAAAUCCAAACGCCCGCCUCAUUGGCGUGGAAUACAUGGUCUCGCCGCGAAUCUUCAAGACCCUCCCUGAGGAAGAGCGCAAGCUGUGGCACACGCACGAAUUCGAGGUCAAGAGCGGUAUGCUGAUCAUGCCGGCGCCGGCUGGUGUGCCUACUGCUGCGUGGGAAGCUGCUGAGACCGCAGAGAUGGCGGACAUUGCCCCGAUUUAUGGCAAGACUUGGCAUCUGUGGCAGGUUGAUCGGGGAGAUCCGGUGCCUAUGGGUCAGCCGCAGUUGAUGGGUAGUCUUACGUCGCCUGAGGAAGCUAAGCUUGUGCAUCCGCAGGGGUUGGAUGGGUUGCUCAAAGAGCGGGAUCAGAGGUUUGGUGUGGAUUAUCGACAGAAGGCGAAGAAAAGAGAGGGGAUUGAGCCGGUUGAGAAGCAUCCUGCUCGAUCUGCGCCAAAGCCCAAAAUCCACACCAGAACAAUGGAGCGCUUAUUCCGCUCAACGCUCAAGCUAGCCAACGCGCGCACCCUCGGCCGAAUCGCGCUCAAUGGCGCCGGCACCUUCUGCGCCUGCGCACUGAUCUGGGAGCACCUGAUAACCAUCCAGCUCAGCGCCGGCCCGUCAAUGUACCCGACGUUCGAUGUGCGCGGCGACUGGCUGCUGAUAUCGCGGCUGCACCGACACGGAAAGGGGAUUGAGGUGGGGGAUGUUGUGCGAUUUGGACACCCGAACUUCCAGGGCGUGCAUGUUGCGAAACGGGUGGUUGGGAUGCCGGGGGAUUUUGUUUGUCAGGAUCCGCCGUUGAGUGUGGAUAUUGGGAAGCAGGGGAAUAUGAUACAGAUCCCCGAAGGACAUGUUUUCUUGGCUGGUGAUAAUCUUCCUUGGUCUAGGGAUUCGAGGAAUUAUGGACCUGUGCCUAUGGGGCUUAUUAAUGGGAAGAUUGUUGCGAGGGUGUGGCCGCCCUCGAAGAUGGAGUGGGUGCGGAAUCCGUUGCAGCCGGCGCAGGUGGAGGAGAGCAUAUGA